GAUAAAAUAUCAGUGCACGCCGGAGUGCUGACACGGCUAGCAUUGUGUACUCAUGGUGUAUUGUGCUUCAUUCAUAGUGCAUAUUUUCGGGGGCGCCGUACCGUGGCAAAAGCACACCCAGUCAAUUGUAUAGUGCGAUGUGCGUGCAACGGUCGUGUUUUCGUCUCUCGCGCCGCGCCGCACGAAAAUGACAUUCAGUUAAGUUAGAAAACCGAUCGCCAUCUGUUUUUGUGCCAAUAUGUGUUGCACGAGGUUCAGCAACUACAUAUUCCGGAGUGUUGUUAAAUACACAUGUGGAUUGGCGAGCAGAGAGAGCGACGCCGAUAUGUCGCUGAAGCAGGGCAGCGGCACCGGCAAGGUCCACUUCGGAGGCCUAGACGAUGUGUCUCUGUACGGCACGCCGGUGGAGCCCGCGCCGCCAGCGCCCGACGCCAAGCAGGGCUUCCUGCGGAACCAGCUGCAAGCACUGUUCCAGCCGACGGACAACAAACUGGCCAUGAAGCUGUUCGGCUCCAAGAAAGCCCUGAUGAAGGAGCGCAUCAGGCAGAAGGCAGCUGGCCACUGGGUCAUACAUCCGUGCAGUAGUUUCAGGUUCUACUGGGAUCUCUGUAUGCUACUGCUCCUAGUGGCGAACUUGAUCAUUCUACCAGUUGCCAUCUCCUUCUUCAACGACGACCUCAGCACGCGAUGGAUUGCCUUCAAUUGUCUCUCAGACACCAUAUUCCUUAUAGAUAUCGUUGUUAAUUUUAGAACAGGAAUAAUGCAGCAAGAUAAUGCAGAGCAAGUGAUAUUAGAUCCCAAGUUAAUAGCGAAGCACUAUUUGAGGACAUGGUUCUUCCUUGACCUCAUCUCUAGUAUACCACUAGAUUAUAUAUUUUUGAUCUUCAAUCAGGUAAACGACUUUAGCGAAAGCUUUCAAAUCCUCCACGCGGGUCGAGCGCUAAGGAUACUCCGGUUAGCGAAGCUUCUCUCUCUCGUGCGACUGCUACGGUUAUCAAGACUCGUCCGAUAUGUGUCCCAAUGGGAGGAAGUAUAUAUCUUGCAGAACCUUCAAAAAAAGCGCACGGAACGGAGGGGGCGGCUCAGCUCCGAUGUUGCCAAAAAGAAGGGUCACACCAAAAGCAAUCUGAUCUUCAAGUUUCUCAACAUGGCGUCGGUGUUCAUGCGGAUAUUCAAUCUAAUCUGCAUGAUGUUGUUAAUCGGCCACUGGUCUGGCUGUCUUCAGUUCCUCGUUCCUAUGCUACAGGGAUUCCCUGCUAACUCUUGGGUUGCAAUUAACGAAUUACAGGAGGCAUUCUGGCUAGAACAAUACUCGUGGGCGCUGUUUAAGGCGAUGUCGCACAUGCUGUGCAUCGGUUACGGACGGUUCCCGCCACAAUCCCUAACGGACAUGUGGCUGACCAUGCUCUCGAUGAUAUCGGGCGCCACUUGCUACGCGCUCUUCCUCGGACACGCAACCAAUCUCAUACAGUCGCUCGAUUCUUCAAGAAGGCAAUACAGAGAAAAGGUGAAACAAGUGGAAGAGUAUAUGGCGUAUCGGAAGUUGCCAAGAGAGAUGCGUCAGCGGAUCACGGAGUACUUCGAGCACCGGUACCAGGGCAAGUUCUUCGACGAGGAGCUGAUCUUGGGUGAGCUGAGCGAGAAGCUCAGGGAAGACGUCAUCAACUACAACUGCCGGUCACUCGUCGCCUCGGUGCCGUUCUUCGCGAACGCCGAUUCAAACUUUGUAUCGGACGUCGUCACUAAGUUACGCUACGAAGUCUUCCAACCUGGUGAUAUCAUUAUAAAAGAAGGAACCAUCGGAAACAAAAUGUACUUUAUCCAAGAAGGCAUCGUGGAUAUAGUGAUGGCGAACGGUGAGGUGGCGACGAGCUUAUCGGACGGCUCUUACUUCGGCGAGAUUUGCCUGCUGACUAACGCACGCCGCGUCGCCUCCGUGCGCGCCGAGACCUACUGCAACCUGUUCUCCCUGUCCGUGGACCACUUUAACGCCGUUCUCGACCAGUACCCGCUGAUGCGGCGCACGAUGGAGAGCGUCGCCGCCGAGCGGCUGAACAAGAUCGGCAAGAACCCCAACCUGGUGGCGCACCGUGAGGACGACACCACGUCGGAGGGCAACACGAUCAACGCCGUGGUGAACGCGCUGGCCGCGGAAGCGGAGCACGUGAGCCUGUCGGACGACAGCGUAGCGCGGCUGUCGGAGCGCUCGCUGGGGCUGGCACUGCAGCCGCUGCAGGCGGCGUCGUGCCGCAUGGCGGGCGUGGCGCUGCCAGGGCUCGGCGUAGCGGCGGCCGCACUACCGCGCCCCAAGUCCGAGCACGACUUCAGCGCGGCGCAGGGGCCCCACCUCGCCUCCACCGCCGCCUUCCAUAAGUCCGACGCCGGCAUCGCGCCCUGA